CAGUUCAAGGAACCCAGGCAUCCAGCUGCCCCACCCCAGCUCUGGGUAAACAGGAAGCUGGGUGAGGGGAGCAGGGGUGUGUGGAAAGUCCCAGCCAGGUGUGUGGGUCUAUGGGGAGGGGGUGGCCCCACCCCUGAGAUAUGAAAGCCCCCCGGCCCUGGCCCUGGCUCAGUCUCAAUGGGGGCCCUGGAGCUGGAGGGCUGGGGGAGGAGGCCCCAGGGGAAGGGCUGCCUCCUGCUGGCUGUGGCAGGAGCCGCCUCCCUGGUGACCCUGCUGCUGGCUGUGCCCAUCACUGUGCUGGCCGUGCUGGUCGCGGCGCCCCCGAAGCCAGGGCUGGUGGCAGAGCCCCCUCACCCCGGGGCACAAGCACAGGCCCAGCAGCGACUGGGGUCCCAGGAGCUGCCGGAGCAGGACGCAGAAACCGACCCCAGCCCCGGGCCCCCGGCGGCCCACCUCAUAGGCGCCUGGACGCAGGGCGGCGGGCUGGGCUGGGAGGCGGCGAAGGAGGAGGCGUUCGUGCGGAGCGGCGCGCAGUUCGGCGCCGCGGGGCUGGCGCUGCCGCGGGACGGCCUCUACUACCUCUACUGCCACGUGGGCUACCGCGGCCGGGCGCCCCCCGCGGACCGCGGCCCCCUCGCCCGCGGGCUCACGCUGCAGAGCCGGCUGUACCGGGCGGGCGGCGCCUACGGCCGCGGGGCCCCCGAGCUGCUGCUGGAGGGCGCGGAGACCGUGCGCCCCGCGCUGGACGCGGCCGGGAGGCUCUGGUACGCGAGCGUGGGCUUCGGCGGCCUGGCGCGGCUGCGGCGGGGCGAGCGCGUGUUCGUCAACAUCAGCCACCCCGACCUGGUGGACUCCCGCCGCGGGAAGACCUUCUUCGGGGCGGUGAUGGUGGGCUGACGGCGGCCGGGAGCGGACAAUAAAGCGCGCCGCCGGCGAGCGA